UCUUUCUUGUCUCUCUCUAAACCCUCACAACCUGGAACGCUAUUUCUCUCAAUACUGAAUCUGGCGCAUACCCAUUUCGCCCUUCUCCGCCAUACUCGAAUCCCUUGAUCUAAACCCUCAACCCCCUUUUUAGUAACUGAGGCAAGCAAUGUGAGGUAAAGUUCCCACCUUUAUCCCCCAAACUUCCUUAUAAUGGUGGCUGCCAUUUCUGAAACUGCAGCAGCUUCAACCGACCCAUUGCCCUCGAAAUCCACCAAUGGCACCACCACCACCACCUCUACCAUACCUAGAAGACCCAAGGGGAGGCAAGUUUCUUCAAGGUACAUGUCUCCUUCACCCUCCACCUCCACCACCACCACUUCAACCUCAACUACUUCAACUUCUUCGUCUUCCACUUCUUCUAGAAGGUUCCCUUCUCCUCUACUCUCUCGCUCAACCAAUUCGUCUCAUCCUCCUUCAACUCCUCUCCUUCCCAACCGUUCCCAAUCUGUGGGCCGACGCAGGCCCAGCAGGCCCAUGACUCCGGUUCCCGACAAUGCCGCUGCCGAUGUCUCCUCCGCCGCCGCUAAGCUUCUUGUCAGUUCCACGCGGAGCCUCUCCGUUUCGUUCCAAGGGGAGGCGUUCUCGCUUCCGAUCAGCAAGGCCAAGGCCUCCGCCACCGCCACGCCGCCUUCUUCCGGCAACUCCAGGAAGGCCGCUGCGACUCCGGAGCGACGGAGGUCAACUCCCGUGAGAGGAGAUCAAGGGGAAAAUUCAAGGCCAGGAGAUCAGCACCGGUGGCCGGGUCGGACCCGGAACCCGAACGCAGGUCCGAAUAGCCUCUAUAGGAGUGUAGAUUGCACUGUUGGAAAUGGGGCUGGGAAAGUGGUGCGUGCAUUGCAGCAAUCGAUGGUUUUGGAUGGUGGUGGCAGUAGAAGGGCUUCUUUUGGUGGUGGGGUUGCAGGGUUGAGUUUGGAUUUGGGAAAAGCUGAGUUGUUGAAGAGUGACGAUAAUAAGCAUAAUAAUCAUCAUCAUGAGUCUCCAUUGGUUCCUAGUGAUCUCACUGCUUCUGCUUCUGAUAGUGAUAGUGUUUCCUCUGGUAGCACUUCAGGUGUGCAGGAUUAUCCUUCUGCUGCUGCUAAGCCUCGCGGCAUUGUUGUUUCUGCCAAGUUUUGGCAGGAGACUAAUAGCCGCCUGCGCCGCCUGCAGGAUCCCGGUUCACCAUUGUCAACAAGCCCUGUCUCUAGAAUGGUUGGUACAGCAAAGAAUUCUCAGUUGAGAAGGUAUAAUAGUGGUGGCCCUGUCUUGUCUCCAAGAACCAUGGCUUCUCCUAUCAGGGGUAAUCCAGCGCGGCCUGCUUCACCAAGUAAACUUUGGGCAUCUUCUACAUCCUCGCCUUCGAGGGGGAUUGCCAGUCCUGUUAGGGUCAGAAGUGCUGUUGCCAGCUCCAUCAGUAGUAAUUCUAGUAGUACACCUUCUAUUCUCAGCUUCUCUGCUGAUGUGAGAAGAGGGAAGAUAGGGGAAGAUCGGAUAUUCGAUGCACAUACAUUGAGGCUUCUGUAUAAUCGCUAUGCGCAGUGGCGGUUUGUUAAUGCAAGGGCAGAUGCUACCUUCAUGGUUCAGAAACUGAGUGCAGAGAGGCAUUUGUGGAAUGCAUGGGUUACAAUUUCAGAACUUAGGCAUUCAGUCAUACUUAAAAGAAUCAAGCUGGUGUUGCUGAGGCAAAAGUUGAAGCUAACUUCCAUCCUAAAGGGACAGAUUUCUUAUUUGGAAGAAUGGGCCCAUCUAGAUAGAGAUCACGCCAAUUCUUUGCUUGGAGCAACUGAAGCUUUGAAGGCCAGUACCCUCCGUCUUCCGGUUGUUGAAAAAGCAGUAGCGGAUGUACCAAAUCUAAAGGAUGCUCUGGGGUCAGCAGUUGAUGUGAUGCAGGCAAUGGCAUCCUCUAUAUACUCUCUCUCAUCAAAGCAGGUGGAAGAAACUAACUGCUUGGUGGCGGAAAUCGUGAAGGUGACCUCAAAGGAAAGGUUUUUGCUUGAGCAAUGCAAGGACUUUUUGUCCUCAUUAGCAGCCAUGCAGGUGAAGGAUUGUAGUUUAAGAACGCAUAUGUUACAACUAUCUCGAGUACCAAGUUGCAGCUGCCUGACAACACAUGUGUAGAAAGAAAGAACUCAACUGAUCCUUAUUUGACAGACUGCUCACUCUUAAUGCUAACACUACUCUCAGCCUUUUUAUUUUCCACGGGGUGGAGAUGAGAUGAUAACACACAACAACCAACAAGGUAAUAAUCAUGGAGAGUUAACAGCUGGUGUUUUGGUAUUUCAUUUGACAAGUUUUGGAGCCUCGUUCUGGUGUGGUCUUGUAAUGUGUCUUUGUGUGUAGUAUAUCUUUGUGUCUUGGAUUUCGAUUUACUAAGAAAAAAGGAAAAAUAGGUGGCUUUCCUCUCUCAGUAGUUAGCUAGAGUUGUAUACAAUUACCUUGUCACUUGUCAUCUGAGGAAAGCUGUGUCUAUGUAUAUAAAUCUAUACUAUAUGUAAUCAACUAAUCAUUGUUUAUUAGGGAGUAUGUCGCCUACU